CUAAAACAUAAAACACACCAAAGUUCAGCUAAAGAAAAAUAUCUUCUUAAGAAAAAUGGCAGACAACAAGCAAAGCUUCCAAGCCGGUCAAGCCGCUGGUCGUGCUGAGGAGAAGUCUAAUGUGCUGAUGGACAAGGUCAAGGAUGCUGCUACCUCUGCUGGAGCGUCUGCUCAAACCGCAGGACAGAAGAUAUCGGAGACCGCAGGGGGAGCUGUUAAUGUUGUGAAGGAGAAGACCGGCAUGAACAAGUAGCGGAUUCGAAAUCAAAGUGGGAUGUUAUAUAAUAAUCUUUUAAAUUUGGAUUUAAAUAAAAAUUAGUAUUGAUUCUCAUCUUCGUCAUAGUUGUUCUUGUUGUUGUUGUGUUUAGUGUUUUUAAAUUUGAAUUAAUGUUUCUCCCUUUAGGUUUGUAUGUUUGGAUGUUUAUGUAUUUAUUU